AUGGAGACCGAUAGAAAAAUUCAAAUGAUGGAAAGCUCCUGGUUGGCUUUUUAUUUGGUCCUUCUAAUGUUUUUCGGGAAUCAGACUUUUGCUCAGAUCAGGUACUCUGUUCCAGAGGAGGUUAACGACGGAACUAUUGUUGGAAAUAUUGCAAAGGAUCUUGGGCUUGACAUCACUUCUUUGAUUGAUCGACGGUUCCGUGUUGUUUCAAGAACUAAGGACGCCUUCUUUGAGGUAAACCAGGCCAAUGGAGCCCUACAUGUCCAUAAGAAUAUCGACAGAGAGGAGCUCUGUCAAGGCAGCGGUGCCUGUCUAAUGGAGCUGAAAAUCCUUGUUGAAAACCCUUUGGAAAUGCACUAUGUAGUUGUAGAAAUUACUGAUGUAAAUGAUCACUCUCCCGCUUUUCCUGAAAAGGAACAGACAUUUGAAAUAGCCGAACAUAUAUUGCCAGGAAGGCGAUUUCAGCUGCACACUGCUCGUGACCCCGAUGCUGGAAUUAACUCUAUUCGUACAUACACUUUAACGUCAAACGAUCACUUUGAAAUAGAUAUCCGUCAAAGCGAUGAGGAAAAAAUACCAUUCUUAGUGCUGAAGAAGCCAUUAGACAGAGAACAAAAGUACAAACAUUCACUACUGGUUACAGCAGUUGAUGGCGGAAAGCCUCAAAAAUCAGGAACACUAAAUGUUUCCAUUGAAGUUCUUGAUAUUAACGACAACCGUCCAACAUUUAUUCAGGAUAUUUACCAAAUUACCAUACAGGAAAAUGUUCCAAUUGGCACAUCAAUAUUUCUAAUGAAUGCAACUGAUCCAGAUGAAGGCGCGAACGGGGAUAUUGAAUACAACCUUGCAAAAACCUUAAGGAGAAGAGUAUAUGACCUUUUCGAAUUGAACAAAUUAACCGGAGAGAUUAGAGUAAAAGGAGUGGUAGACUAUGAAGAAAACGACAUCUACAAACUCGAUGUUGAAGCAUCAGAUAAAGGAACACCUCCAUUGAAAGGUGAGUGUAGGGUCAUUAUAAAAAUAAAAGACAUCAAUGAUAAUCCGCCGGAAAUAGAAGUCACAUCAUUGUCAGAUACAGUGUCUGAAGGCUCAAAGCCUGGAACAGUUAUUUCACUCCUCAGUGUAAUAGAUAAAGACUCCGGAGUCAAUGGAAAAAUAAUUUCAAGCAUUACCUCAGACAUGCCGUUCGAAUUAAAACCCUCCUAUAAGGAACAUAUAUAUUCAGUGGUUACUAAGUGGUUUUUGGAUCGAGAGGAGGUGUCACAUUAUGAAAUAACAAUAAAAGCCAUAGACUGUGGUGAGCCUCCUUUGUCUACUUAUAAAACCCUGAGUAUUGAAAUAUCGGACAUAAAUGACAACAGUCCACAAUUCUCCCUAAAUCCAUUACAAUUUUACAUUUCAGAAAAUAACAUUGCUGGAAAGUCACUGUUCUCUGUAAGUGCAACGGACAAAGAUGUGGACGACAACGCAGUUAUCUCUUACGAUAUUGUCAGAGGAGAUAAUCAGAAUGAAAUUCUGUCUUUUCUCGAUGUAAAUCCCAGUAAUGGACACAUAAUUGCACUAAAAAGUUUUGACUUUGAAACACUGAAAACUUUCCAAUUCCACGUUGUUGCGUCAGAUUCUGGAACUCCGUCACUAAGCAGCAACGUCACUGUGAACGUGUUCAUUCUGGAUCAGAACGACAACGUUCCAGUCAUCCUGUAUCCACUCAGCUCUAACGGUUCAGCUGAAGGUGUGGAGGAGAUUCCCCGCAACGUGAACGCAGGACACUUGGUGACUAAAGUCAGAGCCUAUGACGCUGAUAUAGGAUAUAACGGCUGGUUACUGUUUUCACUGCAGGAAGUUACUGACCACAGUCUCUUUGGUUUGGACCGCUAUACAGGACAGAUCAGAACACUUCGCUCAUUCACAGAGACAGACGAGGCUGAGCAUAAACUGGUCAUACUGGUCAAAGACAAUGGGAACGUUUCUCUCUCAGCAACAGCUACUGUGAUUGUCAAACUUGUGGAGCCCAAAGAGGCUUUUGCAGCUUCUGAUGUGAAAAGUUCAGCAAAAGCGGAUGAAGAUAAUAAUGUGACUUUUUACCUGAUGAUAACUUUGGGCUCAGUUUCAGCACUUUUUCUCAUCAGUAUCAUCGUGCUGAUUGCAAUGCAGUGCUCAAAAUCCACAGACUAUACUUCUAAAUAUCUACAAGAGACUAACUAUGGCGGGACACUGUGUCACAGCAUCCAGUACAGAUCUGGAGACAAACGGUACAUGUUAGUUGGACCCAGAAUGAGUAUAGGAUCUACUAUAGUCCCGGGCAGUCAUGCAAAUACACUUGUGCUCCCUGACAGGAGAACAUCUGGAGAGUUCCACGUUGUUGCGUCAGAUUCUGGAACUCCGUCACUAAGCAGCAACGUCACUGUGAACGUGUUCAUUCUGGAUCAGAACGACAACGCUCCAGUCAUCCUGUAUCCACUCAGCUCCAACGGUUCUGCUGAAGGUGUGGAGGAGAUUCCCCGCAACGUGAACGCAGGACACUUGGUGACUAAAGUCAGAGCCUAUGACGCUGAUAUAGGAUAUAACGGCUGGUUACUGUUUUCACUGCAGGAAGUUACUGACCACAGUCUCUUUGGUUUGGACCGCUAUACAGGACAGAUCAGAACACUUCGCUCAUUCACAGAGACAGACGAGGCUGAGCAUAAACUGGUCAUACUGGUCAAAGACAAUGGCAACGUUUCACUCUCAGCAACAGCUACUGUGAUUGUCAAACUUGUGGAGCCCAAAGAGGCUUUUGCAGCUUCUGAUGUGAAAAGUUCAGCAAAAGCAGAUGAGGAAAAUAAUGUGACUUUUUACCUGAUGAUAACUUUGGGCUCAGUUUCAGCACUUUUUCUCAUCAGUGUCAUCGUGCUGAUUGCAAUGCAGUGCUCAAAAUCCACAGACUAUACUUCUAAAUAUCUACAAGAGACUAAUUAUGAUGGGACACUGUGUCACAGCAUCCAGUACAGAUCUGGAGACAAACGGUACAUGUUAGUUGGACCCAGAAUGAGUAUAGGAUCUACUAUAGUCCCGGGCAGUCAUGCAAACACACUAGUGCUCCCUGACAGGAGGAGAACAUCUGAAGAGCUGGCUAUGUAA